AUGCUCGACCAUUCUCCAGGAUGGUCUUCGCAAAGGAAGCCCCCAAGCACCUAUCGUUCAAAAGACACUGCUCGGCUGGAUCCUAUCGGGAGGCAAGUAACCAACUCAGCACAGCGCCACUCGCUUCAGUGCACCGCAGAUCAUGAGCUAGCCGAACUUGUGCACCGCUUCUGGGAGCAGGAACGAGAGGUGCCCACUCCCGUCGCACUCACGUCAAAAGAGCAGCUAUGUGAAGACAUUUUCGCGCUGCAGCACCAACGCACUGCCGAAGGACGAUACAUAGUGCGACUACCUUUUGCAUCUCCGCCGACGACGCUGUUUGAGACGCGAAGAUCUGCUGAACGACUCUUAAUCGCCAUGGAGCGACGCUGUGAGAAAGACGCACGAUUUGGCGAUCUCUACCGAGCCUUCCUGAAGGAAUACGAGGACCAAGGUCACAUGGAAUUGGCGCAAGAACCUUCGAAUUCUGGCGAAGAUCGGUGCUACCUUCCACAUCACGGCGUCCUUCGAGAAUCCAGCACCACUACGAAACUCAGGAGCAUCACUACGAAGCUCAGGGUCGUCUUCAACGGAUCGCAGUGUACAAGGUCCGGUGAGUCACUCAAUACUCAUCUGCUAACUUGCUGCCACCCCUCGCGAACGUACUUCUGCGGUGGCGAUGGCAUCGAUACGCGCUAG